AGUUUCGGAAAAGAAAGAGAAAAAAGUAAAAAGGUAAACAUCUCCGACGACUUCCUCGCUUCAGCACGCCACCUCAACUUCCUCUCUCGCCGGCUCGCCGCCGUGGACCUCUCCCAAUCCCCCAUCGGGGACUGCUGGAAGCGCGGAUCCUUCCGCCCUCGGAUCGACUGUUCCUCCUGUUCGUGAGGGAGACCUAGCUUUGCUCGGAUCGAUUUCAUCUGCCCCGAUCUGCAGACGUGAGCGGAGAUGAACUGCGAAACCUGUCAGCUGAAGGAGCUGGAGCUGGAAACAACAGAGAUCAGGGAUGUGCUGCGAUGCAUCUUGCAUACCAUAUUCUUCCAUAGAACCCUCAGCCUCGUUCGCCCCAAAGAUGUUGACUGUGAUUUCCUUGAGAUCACUUACGUCCAAUGUGGGCUCCCAGAACUAGAAAAGGAAGUAGAUGAAAAGAUAGACCAGUUCAUUGCUUGGGUGGAGAAGCACCCAAAUCGCAAAAGCCAGGUGUGCCUCUCCUUUUUUGACGAGAAAAGCAAAAACCCAGGUUGGUUUGUGAACAAAACAGAGCGCAUUUAUUGGGAACAAUGGUUCAUCAAUUUGCAUGUUAUGAGCCCAAAAAGAUACAGCAAAUCAAACAGCUCCAAAGGGCUAACAAACAUUGGAGGGAAUGCCUUGGAGGAGACUAGCUCAAGGCGUGCUGCAUUGGAGUCUUCAAUUAAUGAAGUGCUAUUCCAGAUCAUUAACUUCGCCAACGAAAAAAAGGACCACAUUCCUGCCAUCCCUGACAGAAUUUUCAAUCACGAGAUCAUGAUCCCAAGGUGACCCUUUUCCUUGGACGUGUUGACAGCUCCUCGGAUUCUGUAUUUGGAUGGAACACCGACGUCAUCCGCAGAGUGCUGAACAGUGGGCAUCCCUACUCACUUUAGCUGAAGACUGGUGCCGCCAUCCUAUGUGGAAGGUGCUUGCUAACCAUCAUGGUCGACUAUGUGAUAUGCUUGGAAAGAAUUAGUGUACAUAAUCAUCCUUGUAAAUAUUUGUGCAUGAAUCUGUCCAUUCUAAACAAUGUUGCCUGUUCCCCAGACAGAUGCUUAAUCUACUGAGUAUCAAGUUCACUAUGGUCUGGAUUUAUUCAAACUGAAGUAGUGGCCUGAUCUA